UUGUAGUACUACUUAAUUUGAGUGCGAUAAUCCAUACCCUGUACAAUGCAUGUUGAUGUGUAGCCCAAGUUUUGGAGGAGCUAGUUGUUGUUGCUUAACACAGGGUCAAACCAUAGCGUUAAUUGAAACAUGCAUUAAUGAUAAUGUAGUGAUUUCCCCUCCCAACCACCCUACUUAUACAUGUACGUGUAUGCACACCUUGCACACACACACAGCGCAAAUCUCUACCACAAUGCUUGGCUUACCAGCAACAACACGAGAGAUUGUAUAGACUCUUCUGAGCCUUGUUUCAGCUGUUGUUUCACCAAGCCUACUCACCAGUGUAGCGUAAAUACUUGCUUGUUUGAGGACGGUAUUGUUUUGCAAUGCUUUUUUGAUCUAAACAAGGAGGAUUUGGGUCAUUAUUCGGAAGGAGACAAAGAGUUGUGUCAGAUCUCAGAUUAUAGGAAACCUAACAGUUGUGCAGGUACCCUAGGCCCUCCUUAUAAGUGGAUCACAUAUAGCUUGACUGGUAUACUAUUACUGGUCAUCAUAAUCGUGAUAGGCGUAGUUUUGGUGUGCUGUUGUUGUUAUUAUUGCCGUAAACGAUGUCGUCCUGAGGGAAAUCCUGAUGAACGGCAACAAUUACACAACCAUGACGAACGUCAGAACUGAACUGACACUACAUAUAUAUACUUGUUUUAAUGUCAUCUGUGUUUGUACCCAUGCAUACUUAGUUUUCUUAUGGUCUUGUGUACGUUUGGACUUGUGUACAUUCAUCAACAUAAAUCACGACUUUUAUAUAUACAGCAGUUGCAUUGACGUCAUCGCAUUAUGUCCUAAAAAAUUUUUGAGGACAACCUCCCGAAAAUUUACAUGGCGGCUGCACAGAACUCUCAGAUUAGCUUUGCUCUCUUAGCAGAGAAAGCGAGUUAAUAGCUAUAGACAUCAAGGGACCCCUACCUGAACUGCUGCAGAGGCUCUAAUUAAAAUUAUGUGUCUAUGUCUGCCUUUGUAUUGGUCAGCAGCUAGAUGGGCGUGGCCCGUCUCCAAAAAGGGAGACGGGUUGCAGCCCUAUCUAGCAUUCGUUCUUGCUGCAGAAAAACAUGCAGCACCAAUCAGAUUGCAGACUGCCUACAUUACGUAAGCAGUUUGCAUUCAGGAACAACAGAAGGUUGACACCUGGGUAGAAGAACUGAAAAGCCUCUCUUCAAUAGCCACCACCCAACCUCACAGUGCUUUCGCUGCUUUCACACAUGGUUUCACUAGUAAAUGGACAUAUUUGGCUCGAACCACUCCAGGCAUUGCUAACCUCCUUAAGCCACUAGAAGAAACAAUAAGGACAGUCUUUUUGCCAAAAUUGACUGGACAGAAUGCCUUUGGUGAUCUGGAAAGACAGAUAAUGGCACUCCCAGCCCGCCAUGGGGGACUUGGUAUAGCAAACCCGUGUGAAACAAGCCCUGGUCAGUUCACGAUGAGCAUGUCAAUCUCAGCACCACUAGUCAGCCUGAUACUUGACCAAUCCGAUAUAUACGAAUCUACAAUGAAGCAAGAGCAAGCCAGACUGAGGAACAAUGCCAAAAAAUUCCGCCGACAGAUGGAAGCCAGGACAGCAAGUGAGCUAAAUGAAGAACUACCAAACAAUUUGAAAAAAAUGGUUGGAAUAUGCUCAGAGAAAGGUACCUCAAGCUGGAUAACAGCGCUGCCUAUUGCAGAGCAUGGUUUCAUGCUACACAAGGGAGCCUUCAGAGAUGCUCUUUGCCUCAGGUACGGCUGGUGGCCUCAGAACCUACCCUCUCACUGUGUCUGUGGACUUCACUUCACAGUAGAGCAUGCACUCAGCUGCUCUAGGGGAGGAUUUCCAACAAUAAGACAUAAUGAAAUACGCAACAUCACAGCAAAUCUUAUGAGCGAAGUAUGUCCAGAUGUGGGUAUUGAACCAACCUUACAGCCUGUGACGGAAGAGCAGUUCCAACUUAGGACAACCAACCGCGAGGAUGGGGCUCGCCUUGAUGUUGUGGCCCAGAGCUUCUGGAGCAACGAUAGACAGAGUGCAUUUUUUGAUGUCAGGGUCUUCAACCCGUACGCACCUACCUAUCGCCGCUCCACCAUGGCCCAGAGCUACAGAAGAAACGAGAUGGAGAAGAAGAGAGCUUAUGAACAGCGUGUAAGAGAAGUCGAACAUGGAUCGUUUACGCCUUUGGUUUUCUCUGCUGCUGGAGGUAUGGGUCCGGCUGCAGAUAUUGUCUACAAGAAACUAGCUUCAAUGCUGGCAGAGAAACAGGACAAAACAUACAGCACAACUCUGAAUUGGAUGAGGUGUAGGCUAAAUUUCUCCCUCAUAAAAUCAGAGAUUAUGUGCAUCAGAGGCUCUAGGAAGUCAUUCACCACCACCACACCAUGGAAGGCCUUAGACACUGGCACUAUUGACCUAGCAACUCAAGAAGGCCGGGUGCUAUCGGUCUGAAACAUGUGUUUUCACCCAGGAACUUUAUAAAAUUAUGUCACAUGUUUUUGUUGUUUUUUCUUGGUUUGUUUUUUUGUUUUGUCUUUUGUCUUUUGUCUUCUCACUUGCAAUAAGUAUUAUUAACAAUAAUUAUCAUGUCCUCUAGUUUGUUUGAGUCUGCUUUGGAUAUCAUAGCACUGCGUUUACAGCAUGAAUAUAUAGCCUUCACAUAAUAAAACUAAGAAACUUGCAUGAACUUGCACAUUGGAUGGUAGAUGGGCGUUGCUAGCUACACGCAGCCUUUAUUCGAGGCACGUAUUUACAGCUGAAGUCAUCCCCUACCAAGGAUCAAGGAAUAAUCAGAGGAACAAUGAUGGAAUAAGGAGAAGUGAACCCAUCAUUAGGGGACUUAUGCCUAGACCGGGAUAAAAGUUUGCAAGGGGUGCCUCUAUUGCUGGUGUACUCCAGAGGCCCUGAUCUGCGAGCUAAAUGGGGGACCAUAUGUGAUGAUCAGGUUGAUCGAA